CUCUACUUUAAGCUCCAAUAACGGCGCCUCUUUACAUGCCUUCGGCCUCAUUCUCUGGCCACACCAGAAACGGCACGGAUGCUUGAACUAUGAUUGAAGAAACUGGCUUCUUUCCUUUAAAGAUUCAUACAGACCGCUCCCCGCAACCUUCAAUCAUAUGGAUCGGUUUAUAUUAAUGGCGAAAGGAUAUACGCCAAAACUCUCGGCUCCAGAUCGAUGCUAGUUAUGAGGUCAUUUCUGGUUCUGACGUAUUUCUUUGCUGCACAUGCUCUGCCACCACCCUCACCAGUUCGCUGCAACGAUUCCGGCUGCACCAUUACCAACUCUUAUGGCGUAUGGGGUGACAGAAAGGACUGCGCGGCGUCGGCCGUCGUCUACCCCACGACAGAGGAAGAGCUCCGUUUGGCUGUUGCAGAGGCGGUUAAGAACCAGUUCAAGGUUAAGACAGUGAGUGGAACUUCACAUACAAUGCCCAAGUUCGCUUGCCCGGGAUACGCGGGUGAAAAGUCGAUGCUUAUCAGCACUGCUAAGCUCAACAAUGGAAUCGAAGUCGAUGCGGCGGCAAUGACGGUUAUUGCGGAUGCUGGAGUUGGUCUUAGGGAUCUGAUCGACAGUGUGGAAGAAGAAGGACUGAGUUUGGUGGCUUCUCCUUAUUGGGAUGGUGUUAGCUUGGGGGGAUUAAUCAGCACAGGAGCACAUGGGAGCUCUUGGUGGGGCAAGGGAGGUGCAGUUCAUGACCAUGUGGUAAGAAUCAAUCUGGUUGUGGCUGCCGGUCCCUCUGAAGGCUUUGCCAAAGUGAUAGAACUGGAUAAGCAGAGCCCCAUAUUCAAUGCGGCCAUUGUCUCCCUUGGUCUUAUGGGUGCCAUAUCAAAGGUAAUGCUCUCCCUAGAACCUGCCUUCAAAAGAAGCAUCACUAACUAUUUCAAAAGUGAUAGCCAAUUUGAAGAAAUAUUCACCGAUCAUGCUCGACAACAUGAAUUUGCAGAUAUCACCUGGUACCCAUCACAGCACGUUGCAGUAUUCAGAGCAGACGAUCGAGUUCCAAUAAAUAGCUCAGGAGAUGGUAGAAAUGACUUUCUUGGAUUUCAACCGCAAAAUAUAGUUGUUAGUGCAUCAGUGAGAGCGUCAGAGAAGGCGUUGGAAUCUUCAAGGGACAUUAAGGGUAAAUGCACCAUGGCUGCUGGUGUAGUGGCAUUCAAGAAGUUAGUGGCCAAUGGUUUGAAAAACAACAAACUGAUAUUCACAGGCUACCCCGUGGUGGGUCAACAGGGUAAGAUGCAAGCUUCUGGGUCAUGCGCACGCUCUUCAUCUGCAGAUAUCUUAACAACCUGCGCUUGGGACCCGAGAAUCAAAGGACUACUCUUUUAUGAAACCACAGCCAUAUUCCCUGCUUCAAAGUUUCAGGAUUUCAUUAAGGAUGUAAAAACACUGAGAAACUUGAAGCCAGAGAACUUCUGUGGCGUAGACCUAUAUAACGGGUUCUUGAUUCGUUUCAUUAAAGCAUCUGAAGCUUAUCUGGGCCAACCGCAAGAUUCUGUUGUUGUGGACUUCAAUUACUACAGAGCAGAUGAUGCUUCCAUUCCUAGACUCAACCAAGAUGUGUGGGAGGAAGUGGAACAGAUGGCAUUCUUCAAAUAUGCAGCUAAGCCACACUGGGCCAAGAAUAGGAAUGUAGCAUUCAUGGAUGUGAAGAACAAGUAUCCCAAUUUUGACAAAUUCAUUGCCCUUAAAGAGCAGCUUGACCCUAGGAAUACAUUUUCCAGCAAGGAGUCAGACGCAUUACUUAAUGGGACAAAGGAACUCAAAAGCAAUGGUUGUGCACUAGAAGGCUUGUGUAUCUGUUCAGAAGACAGGCACUGCAGUCCCGAAGAAGGUUACUUCUGUAGACCAGGCCUUGUUUACAGAGAAGCUCGAGUCUGCAGGUAUAUCAUGUCCUCCGUGGCAUGAAAUAGCCCUGGAACAAUGCUAAAAGCUUAAAAUCUACUGACCUGUUAUCGUUUCACACAUGUAUUUGGAGCUCCAUAAAGGUACAGAAUUGUGUCUCAAAGUAGCACGAAUAUCAAUGUGCUUAACGUUGUGGUUUUGAUGGAGAUCAUCCAUUAAGGAUGAUCACCUCAUGGAUCUGAUCUUAUUACUUCUGGAAGCA